CGUGAGGUUGCAAGACAUCCAUCGAUCUGCGUGCGCAUCUUUCCCUGUUCCUCUGGGAGUCAGGUGACCAUCUCGGAAAGCGCAGCCUGAUCAGCGGGAAAGUGUGGCGAAGGCCGGCCACGAAUUCCUUGGCAGCCUUGGGGGCGUUGACUCAUGCCCGCCCAGUUGACUCCAGACCCUCACGCCACACAGGUUUUCCGAGAACAUGAUUCACAAUGUGUCGUGUGCGCGGCAACGGCGAUGUCGGCGUUUGGGGACACAUAUGACUUGGUUGCCUGGGUGUAUAACACGAACAAGUCAUCUUUCUUCUUUUCUUCUUCAUUCUUGCAUCUUUCUUACAUUCCGUCUUGCAAUACCCAUCUCUUAUCUCCUUCAUCAUGGUUCCAAGUACUUCCAAUAUGGGCCAGCGAAGUAAUCGCAAACGAACGCGCCAUCGACCUCGUCGGCCGAGGAUGUACGAUACGGCUUCUUCACUUCCCCCUCCUCUUUCUUCGGCGCAACUCCCUCCGGCCUACGCCACAUCUCAGCGCAGGAAUGUUUGCUGCUGCUCGGCGUCGCCACUAUCAAGAACGUCGAGCAGCGACGUGCCGCCAUUCCCUCACCAAAGAACCGACAUACCCACGCCAACGGCUUCGAACUCGACACAGAGCGAAAAUGCAGCCACCAGAGACCUGCGGGUGUUUGGGGGCAGCGACGAGGAUGAGUCAAGUUCGGCGGACGCCCUUCGGGGCUGCAUGCUAGAUGUUGUGCUGCAUCUUUUCAACGGCGUGGAUUACGAUGAUGAAACGUUUUGAUUACAUGUAGCGGGCGCAUCUCAUCUCAUCAACAUCAUCGUUCAACCUCAUGAGAUUCUGGAUAUAGAUAGACUGAACAUCACA